AUGCAGCUGCCGCCCGCGCUGCACGCCCGCCUAGUGGCGGGCCCCGGGGCGGCGGAGCCGCUGCCCGUGGAGCGGGACCCUGCCGCCGGGGCCACACCCUUCCGCUUCGCGGCGCGCUUGGUGCGCUUCCCGCGGGAGCACGAGUUCUUCGAGGAUGGGGACGUGCAGCGGCACCUGUACCUCCAGGACGUGCUCACACAGGUGGCCGAGGCGCCGGAGAGGCCCAGGGUGCCCGAGUUCGCCUGUCAGGUGGCGGGCUGCUGCCAGGUCUUCGACACCCUGGAGGACUUCGAGCACCACUACCACACCCAGCACAGAAACACGUGCUCCUUUUGCAAGCGGGCCUUCCCCUCGGGACACCUGCUGGACAUCCACAUCCUGGAGUGGCACGACUCCCUCUUCCAGAUCCUGUCGGAGAGGCAGGACAUGUAUCAGUGCUUGGUGGAAGGCUGCACGGAGAAGUUCAAGACCAGCAAAGACAGGAAGGAUCACCUGGUGCGACGUCACCUCUACCCUGCGGACUUCCGGUUUGACAAACCGAAGGAAGGCAGAGGCCCAGCCACACCCACAGCCUCCUUGCAUGUGUCGGCGGGAGCCCCCGGGGACAUCGGGAAGCAGUCGGAAGGGGAUGCCAUGGAAGUCUGCUCCGAACACACGCUGCCCCCCACAGAGCUCACGGGUGAGAGGCGGGCCUACAGCCGCAGAAUACCUCCUACCAUCUGUUUUGGUCACGGCGCAUCACGCGGGUUUAAAAGCAGCAAGAAAAGAAACAAGCACCAGUGACGGCCGACGCCGAGGGGGCACUGGCAGGGGGCGGGACCGGCACCCUCGGUGGACCUGGAGUCAGUAGGGAACUUUGUCUCUCGCCUACUCGUGUGGCCGCCCGAGCACCAGACCUCUGCCACCUCCGUGUCUCGGUCCCUGAGCGAGUGGCCAGGUGGCAGCAGCAGCAGCCAGCGUCAGCAGUGAGAGACCGCGGUUCCAGGGCUGGCCCUGACCUGUGCUCCAGCCCACCUCCCUCUGGGGGCCAGCCCCCAGAGGCCCUUCCGAAGCACGCGGUGUCUGAGGACGGUCCCCAGCCGUCCCUUCCGUGCUGUGGGACUCGACUGGGGACGGGCAGCGAUCACACGCGAGCACUUGGUUUCCAGCGUUCGGUCGUCACGAAGACGUACCAUGAAGUCUUGGCACCUCUGGUGGGCGGAGCCGGGGCAGCACCCACUGCCCGGCAGGUCCUGGGUCAGCCUGCCCCGCAGUGCGAGCGGGCCCUGCUCUGGGGCGGCCUGGGGUGGGCGGCCCGUGCUGCAGGAGGAGCGCCAACCGGGGCGGCCUCCCCGAGGAGGGGCAGCGCCAGGUGGGAGGCAGCGGCCGGCAUCUUCCUGGCAGGAGCAGAGCAGAGCCCAGGCCCCCGUGUGGACUCCAGAGUGUGGACAGAGACAAUGGUCAGCGCUGUUUCGAUCACAUAAGUGUUGUUGGCCCGACAGGGUGGGGCUCCGGCGGGGCCUCCCCCAGAUGCCUCGUCCCCAGCAGGUAUGGACCUGGGGUGCUUCCAUGCUGGCUGUGGCCCCCGACUCGGGCUGGGCCAGCAGCAGAGGGUGCCCCCUCCCCGCUCACCUCCACUCACUCUCGUCCUGGCUCUGGGUUCAGCCACGGGCAGCUGCCCAGCUCUGACAGCCACCCCCGCAGCCCUGGGAGGCCUGGGGUGGGGGGGGGGCGGUCUCAGAUAGUGUCACGUCACAGGGCGACGCCACACGCUGGAAACACCUGCUGGGCUGCCCGGUGCUGGGAGAAAGGGCGAAGCCUCAAGUGCAGGUGCUCGUGGUGGGAGAGAGCCCACAACGCUUCUCCUGAUGGACGGUGGCCGCCUUCGUGAGGCUCACGCCGGGGCUGCCGGGUCCCGUCCUUGAGAAGGGGCUAACCCGCGGGAGCCCUGCUUACCCACCCCCCCCACAGACCCACCCCCACCCCCAGCCCCGGGGUCUGCGGCUCUAGGCCAGCACGCCAGCCUUCCUGCAGCCGUGCGUCCUACCAACCCUCGCGUCCCCGUGCGCCGCCACGGAGGCCUGUGUGUGACGAUCUCUGGGGGCUGUCGGUCCCAUGUGCCCACCCCAGCGGCACCCUGCCUAGAAGGCGGCUUGUUCUCGUCUCGGUUUUCUUCUGGAACACGGAACGUGAAACUCCAUGUGCGGGUGUUGCUGACGAAUGGGAGAGCCGCCAGCGUGACGGGUUCUGAGGAGCUGCUCCUGGUGGGAAGCGUGGCAGCCACGCCUGGUUUUACCUGAAACAGCCAGCGUCUGACGUCUGGUUGGCCGGGCCUGUCAGGUGGCUGCAUGUCCCUACCUGCCGUGUGAGGUCGCACCAGGAGGGGGACGCAGCGCCGGUGGGCGCUGGCUCACGGUGCGGCUCCAGCAGCGGGUCUGGGUGCCUCCCGGGCCGGCACCAGCCUCGGGGCCGGCCACCUCCUGCAGGGCCGUGGGCAGACGCGCUGCCCUCGUCCCGCCUCUUCCCUUCCCUCCCUUUCCGUGCCUUGUUCCCGUGAGGUGAGCUUCUCUCGUUGUUUCUUGGGGAAGCUAGACACUCCCUGGUUAUUACUCGAGUAGUUCUCCCCACAAAUGUUAGCGUUACUAACAUUAAAACGUUACUUCCCUUG